AUGAGCACCAAGCGUCCCCGCACAGGUCGGUGCGCUGCGGCGCUGCUUUUCCUCGCCGCUCCGCCUCCGCGCGCUCUGCGCAGGUCCAAUCCCCUCGCGUGCUUUUCCCCGCUCACCCGCUUCCGCUUGCGGAGUGUCCCGCGCGCGUGGCUGCGCAGACGCGAGCGGCGACGGCGACUGGACGUGCCCGGCGUGCGGCAACCGCGUGCCCCGCUGCACUGCACCCACGCCGCUCUGUCUUUGCGUGCCCCAAGUCCCCUCGCCGUGCGCCGUCCCUCCACUGCCUGCUCCCCUUCGAGAUCUCCCCCCGCCCUCCCCCGCCCCAUCGUCCUAUCAACCCCUUCCAUCCCUCUCUGUGUCGCCGCUCUUCUCUUCCCCCUCCCCUCCCUCCCCCGACAGCAUGCGCCGUCGCAGGCGGCAGCCCCCAUGCCGGGGGAUCCGGGCGCGCCCAUGCACGCCAUGCACGCGAUGCCGCCCAUGCAGCCGCUCGGCGCACCCUACAUGCCCGCCAUGCCCCCCGCGCACUACGCCCCGUACCCCCCCAUGCCCUCCCCCGCGCCCAUGUAUGGGGCACCCGCCAUGCCUCCGCCCUAUGACCCCUCCGCGCACCUCGCGCCGCCCUACAUGCCGCAGGCCAUGCCCCACAUGCCCAUGCCGCCAGCGCACGCGUUCGCACCCUACCCCAUGGACGCCUACCGCCCCAUGCCGCCUGUGAGCCAUCCAAUGCCGCCUCCGGGCAUGCAGCAGCGGCAAGGGGAGGGGGCGGACGGGCGGAAGCGGAGGGGGGGACCGGAGGGGAGUGGGGAGGGGGACUGGGUGUGCUUCAAGUGCGGCAACACCAACUUCUCCUUCCGCACGCACUGCAACAUGCGCAAAUGCAACGAGCCCAGGCCCCCUGCCAUGCCCCUGCCUCCUACUCUCUAUGUGCACCCCGCUGCUCCCGCGCCCCUGCCUUCUCACCCACCACGUGAGUCCCCUGCUGCGCUGCGCCUCUCCCCAUGUCCCCCAUCCCCCCCCCUCUCACCGUGCAGCCACCACGGCUUCCUCUCACCACCUCCACCACCAUGCACCUCUCUCUCCCUCUCGCCCCAUCCCACUCGCCGCCAUAUCACUCACCUCCCCUCCCCUCACUCUCUCCAUUUAUUCAUACCCAUUCUCCUCACCUCCUGUAUCUGCCCUUCCAACCCCUCCCCCCCCACCCCCUGGCCCAUCUGCCCGGCUUGGGGGAGGGCAGGCGUGCAGGCAGCAGCACCGGACGGCAGUUGGGCGUGCAGUGAGUGCGGCAACGUGAACUACCCCUUCCGCUCGCACUGCAACCGCCGCCACUGCGGCCGCCCGCGGCCCACCCAUGACACCGCUGCUGCUGCCGGCAGCGGAGGGGGAGAUGCCGCUGGCGCUGUGAAACAGGAGGGUCACAUGCUGCUGCUGUCAGGCAGCUCGAGUCUCGCUGUGCUCUCACCCCCAGCCCAGCCAUGGCACCAAGGGGCCGCUUGGGGAAAUGCUCUCCUGUAA